UAUCAAUGGAAAAGAAAUUGAAAAAGAGUUCUUUCAAAAAAUGGACGAUGCAGAAAACAAUCUCAACAAAGAGCACAUAAAUGUUGCAUUUGAAAUGCUAAAUUGUAAGAGGGUUGAGCAAGGUGCUUGGUUCCGCAACAACAAUCUUCCAGCAGCAUGCUUUGUACCAGUCAAAUUCUUAGAAGUGGUUGGGUACGCUUAUGAAUCUGUCAGGAAGCCACAUAAGAAAAAAAAAACGUUAUUGGAGGGCUGUGUAGGCGAACUUGUGAAAGGUUUAAUACAUCCAAAGAAGGUAUGGCUGGAAGAUGUUGAUGUUAUAUAUGGUGUCAUUGAAGAUAAGUUGAGCUAUCACUAUAUUGGGGUGGAGAUACAAUUGAUGGACAACACAAUCACACUCUUCCAUUGUGGUCUUCCAAAAGCAAAUAUCAAACGUGCUCUUAAUCAAAUCCAAGAACUGGCAGUGUUGAUUAGUGCCAUAAAGAUGGAACUUCUUGGUGAAGAGGUUAAUUUCGAAGAUAUCAGUCCAUUUGAAGUUAAGUUUGCAGAAGGGCUUCCAAAGACAAAAUUUCCAUACAACUGUGGUAUUUUUGUUGUGAAGAUGCUGGAAUGCAGGUCACUGGGAUUGAAGAGCAUGGCUAAUAUAAAUGAUGAAACUGCGAUGGACUUACGAAGCAAGCUAUGUUGUGAGAUCUUCGACCAGUUUAUGGAUAAAGAUUUCCAGGAAGGUCAAAGGAAGUGAAAAUGUCAUAUUUGUUCUGUUUUCUACUCUGUUUUUCUACUUUGAUAUUAAUUAUCCCUAACGUUUAAGUUUAAGUUUGUAAUGAAUUAUCCCUAACGUUUUUUUUCAUUUAGAUUGUUAUUGAAAAUUUUUUAGGAUGUAUUGAUGAAUUGUCAAAUGCUUAUGGUACUUUUAGGAUGGGUUUCCAGAAAAAGAGUGAGAAAGCAAAAUGCACCAAAGCCUAGCAAAUUCCUUUAAAGUUUACAAAAAAAAAUGAAAAAGAAUGUGAUCCGAUGUUGAUUGAACUCGUGAACUCUCGAAAGAUGAAUCAAAGUGUGCAGCCGUUGUGCCAAAGGUGUUAUACUUGCCAAAAGCUAUAAUAAAACGAAAAUAACUUUUGAAUAUUUAAUUAAAAACAGAAAAAAGUGUAAGUAUACACAAAUCGAACACGGCUUAUUGUGUGAUAAGGGUACACUAAGAGUAGAAGGGCUUGCCACUAGGCUAUGGUGGAUAUUCGAAGAGUAAAUGUGAACUUAUUUAUUCACAGACGAUAGAUUUAUAUAAUCUGGAUAUCAUUUUAGGUAUUCAGGAUGGCUUUCCAAAACAAAUUCCUUAAAGUUUACAAAAAAAAAAAUGAAAAAGAAUGUGAUCUGAUGUUGAUUGAACUCGUGAACUCUCGAAAGAUGAAUCAAAGUGUGCAGCCGUUGUACCAAGGGUGUUAUACUUGCCAAAAGCUAUAAUAAAACGAAAAUAACUUUUGAAUAUUUAAUUAAAAAAAAAAAAUGUGAGUAUACACAACGGGGAUCGAACACGGCUUAUUGUGUGAUAAGGGUACACUAAGAGUAGAAGGGCCUGCCACUAGGCUACGGUGGAUAUUCGAUAACAGAGUAAAUGUGACCUUAUUUAUUCACAGACGAUAGAUUUAUAUAAUCUGGAUAUCAUUUUAUGUAUUCAGGAUGGCUUUCCAAAACCAAAUUCCUUUAAAGUUUACAAAAAAAAAAUGAAAAAGAAUGUGAUCUGAUGUUGAUUGAACUCGUGAACUCUCGAAAGAUGAAUCAAAGUGUGCAGCCGUUGUGCCAAGGGUGUUAUACUUGCAAAAAGCUAUAAUAAAACGAAAAUAACUUUUGAAUAUUUAAUUAAAAACAGAAAAAAAUGUGAGUAUACACAAUGGGGAUCGAACACGGCUUAUUUUGUGAUAAGGGUACACUAAGAAUAGAAGGGCUUUCCACUAGGCUACGGUGGAUAUUCGAUAACAGAGUAAAUGUGAACUUAUUUAUUCACAGACGAUAGAUUUAUAUAAUCUGGAUAUCAUUUUAUGUAUUCAGGAUGGCUUUCCAAAAACAAAUAAGCAAA